UAUCAAAAACCCUCGACUCCCGUGGUGGCCAAGGGUUUUUCGCAGCUUUAGAGUCGAGAGAGAUAGAGAGAGCGAGAGAGAUAGAGAGAGCGAUAGAGAGAAUUGGGGAUUCGGGUUAGAGAAUUUCUCUCUAGAAAGUGAAAAAUGGAGGGCAUAACAGAGGCAGUGAAGAACAUCGACAUCACGGACUCUUCGGCCAUCAAAAGGAACCGCAUCCAAGUCUCUAACACCAAAAAGCCCCUCUUCUUUUACGUCAAUCUUGCCAAGAGGUACAUGCAGCAGCACAAUGAGGUGGAACUGUCUGCUCUAGGAAUGGCUAUCGCCACGGUGGUUACCAUUGCUGAGAUUUUGAAGAACAAUGGACUUGCUGUUGAGAAGAAGAUCAUGACUUCCACUGUUGACAUGAGGGAGGAUGCAGGGGGUCGACCCAUUCAAAAAGCAAAGAUUGAAAUAAUGCUGGGGAAGUCAGACAAGUUUGACGAGUUGAUGGCUGCUGCUCAAGAGGAAGGCGCAGAUUAUGAAGAGCAGAACUAAAGUGAAAUGUUUUCUGCAAUUAGAUUGGUGCACUUGCUGUUAAGUUUUUUUUUUUUUUUUUAAUCAUGGACAUCUAUAAUAUUGUUUCUUAGAUUGGCUUUGUUUAGUUAAUCAGCUGCCAUCAUAUUUCUUCUAGGUGUUUUUGUAAACUAUAUCCUUUGCUAUUCAAAAUUCAAAUU